AUGAAAGAGGUGUCGGUGUUGUCCCUGUUCGUGUGUGCUUUAAUUGGGACUGUUUUGAGCGGAUCUAACGAUGUUUUUCAAGAUUUGAAAGAUGGAGAAGGAGUCCUUUCUUUUCUUGAGAAUGAUGCGGCUGUCUCACCUUCUUCCUCCGUUACUGAUGAACCUUUUAUGGUCGGCCUCACUCUUAUUCAGGGAGCUGAUUCCAAAGGAGCUGUGUGUUUGGAUGGAACACUGCCUGGUUAUCAUUUGGAUCGUGGGUCUGGAACGGGAAAAGAUAGCUGGCUCAUUCAGUUAGAGGGAGGAGGGUGGUGCAAUACCAUUAAAAAUUGUAUUUACCGCAAAACUACUCGUCGUGGUUCAUCAAAACUUUUUGAAAAGCAAUUACCUUUCACUGGAAUACUAAGCAAUAAAGAAGAAGAAAAUCCAGAUUUCUUUAACUGGAACAGAGUUAAGCUACGUUAUUGUGAUGGCGCAUCUUUUAGCGGGGACGGUCAGAAUGAGGCUUCACAACUUUAUUUUCGAGGACAACGCAUCUGGUCAGCUGCUAUGGAAUAUUUAAUGGCUGAAGGAAUGCAAAAUGCCACCCAGGCUCUUCUCUCUGGAUGCUCUGCUGGGGGUUUGGCAUCCAUAAUUCAUUGUGAUGAGUUCAGGGAAUUAUUUCCACAAUCUACCGAAGUGAAAUGCUUAAGUGAUGCUGGAAUGUUUCUCAAUGUAAUGGACAUAUCGGGUGGGCACACCCUACAAAACUUUUAUGAUGGUGUAGUCAGAUUACAGGGAGUGCAAAAGAGUCUGCCAAGUACUUGUAUCAACCACAUGGAUCCAACUUCGUGCUUCUUUCCCGAGAAUUUGGUGGCUGCUGUAACAACUCCUCUCUUUCUUCUCAAUUCAGCCUAUGAUGUAUGGCAGCUGCAAUCCAGUUUAGCUCCACCAUCAGCUGAUCCUCAUGGUACUUGGAAAGAAUGCAAACAGAAUCAUGCACAAUGUAAUUCAUCACAGAUACAAUUUUUGCAAGACUUCAGGAAUCAAAUGCUGGAUGCCAUAAAAGUUGUCUCAACAUCCAGUCAAAAUGGUUUGUUCAUAAAUUCUUGUUUUGCACAUUGCCAAUCUGAGAGACAAGAUACAUGGUUCGCUGGUGAUUCUCCCCGUAUUGGGAAGAAGAGGAUUGCAGAAUCUGUUGGAGACUGGUAUUUUGGUCGAGAAGAUGUUAAAGCUGUUGACUGUCCAUACCCCUGUGACAACACCUGCCAUAAUCUAGUUUUCAAUGGUGUUGUUUCCAACAUAACGUUCUCCCAGUCUACAAGGCUAACUAUAACCCCACUAAAUCUGCUUACCAUCUUCUUGGUGUCAUUAUCUUCUAUAAGCUCUAUGGGGUUUAAGUUUGAUCGGUGA